ACAAAAUCAUUUCUUGAACAGGUUAAGAUUAAAAAUGAUGAGUUACAGAGGCUUGUUUCUUUUGCUUGCACUCUCCUGCAUUGCCGUUGAAAGUCGACAACUCAAAGGAAAUCCAUACCAUUUAUCUUCGAACAACGAUAUUGAAGGCAAAAGAUGGGCUGUUUUAAUUGCUGGCUCAAAUGGUUAUGAGAAUUACAGGCAUCAGGCUGAUGUAUGUCACGCGUAUCAAGUUCUGAGAAAUGGUGGGUUAGAAGACGAAAACAUUAUUGUUUUCAUGUACGACGAUAUCGCAUUCGACGGCAACAAUCCCAGACCUGGUGUCAUUAUCAAUAAACCUGAUGGAGAAGAUGUCUAUGAUGGAGUCCCCAAGGAUUACACAGGGGAAGAUGUAAAUGUGAACAAUUUUUUUGGAGCAAUUCUUGGGAACAAAACUGCUGUCACAGGAGGAAGUGGGAAAGUUGUGGACAGCGGUCCAAAUGAUUAUAUUUUCAUAUAUUAUGCCGAUCACGGCGCCGCCGGUUUACUUGGAAUGCCUUCUGGAGAAUACCUUACUGCACAGGACUUGAUGAAUACGUUGAAGCAAAAACAUGCAGCUAACACCUACAAAAGCAUGGUUAUAUAUGUUGAAGCAUGUGAAUCAGGAAGCAUGUUUGAAGGAAUUCUGCCGAGAGAUAUAAAUAACAUAUAUGCAGUGACAGCAGCAAAUCCAAAUGAAAGUAGUUGGGCAUCUUAUUGUCCUGGAGAUUUCCCAAGUCCCCCUUCUGAAUUUGACACUUGUUUGGGUGAUAUUUUCAGCAUUUCUUGGUUGGAAGACAGUGACAUCCAUGAUCUGCGAAAUGAAACUCUGCAGCAGCAAUAUCAAGUGGUCAGAAGAAGGACAGCAGUUGACGAUGUGGAUUUUAGUUCUCAUGUGAUGCAAUAUGGAAAUAAGGGAAUAGCAGAGGAUACUGUGUUCAAUUAUUUGGGUUCAAAUCCAAAUAAUGAUAAUUAUUAUUCACCUCAUCAUCAUCAUCAUCAUCACUCCAGUGUAACAACCACUCCACAUAUUGUCAGCCAACAUGAUGCCAGCCUCCUCCAUUUCUGGCAUAGGUAUCAUAAUGCUCCGGAAGGCUCUCCCAGAAAGACCGAAGCUCACAAGGAGCUGAUGGAUGAACUUUCCCUAGGGAAACACACUGAUCAGAGUGUAAAUGAGAUUAUAUCAGUUGUUUUUGGACCUGAAAAGAUUUCAGAGAUGCUCAACACCGUCCAAUCUGCUGGGAGUCCUCUCGUUCAUGAUUGGGAUUGCUUCAAGAUGCUUGUUAAGAGUUUCAAGAAACAGUGUGGAGGCACAUCAAGAACAAGGUAUGACAUGAAGUAUAGUGGAGCUUUUGCAAAUAUGUGCAAUGCUGGUGUUGAUAUCAACCGUGCUACUCAAGCAAUAACUCAAGCCUGUUCUACCAACUCUCCUCCUCCAUAAAAACCUAUACAUAUACACGUUCAAAAGAGUUAUAAUUAAUUAUAAGAAUAUGGAAUUACAGUAAGCUCAUGCAUAUAGAUCUUUGAUGUACUUCAAAAGCUUUUUACAUGAUCAAUGCUUGAUAUAAAUCUGUCUUAUUAA